AGUGUAAUUAAAAUAGAGGAAAAUAUGAAGCCAAAGAGAAAAAGGUAUAAUAUGAGAAGAUCCUAUUCCUCUUUUUCUCCACCUAAUAGAUUCCAGAAUCGACAACAAAGUUGUCAAACGCAAAGCUAUCAGCAGCAAAAUCAUUUAUAUAAUUCUGGAACUCCUCAUAAUUCUGCACCUAUAGUACUGUCUUAUCCACCUCAAAUUUCUCCCAAUUUUUAUAAUAAUGGUAACAAUUGGCCGUUCCAACCGCCGCGACAUUUAUCAGCACCCUCGUUUGGACAACAAUCAUAUCAUUUUGGUCAACAAAUCAAUAGUUCGCAAAUAAAUACUGCCUCUUUACGUCAUAAUGUAGUUAGUAGUACAACUCAGUUUUCAGUUCCACCACAUCCGUAUCAAUUCGAUUGUCCGACAAAUUAUCAGCAAGUUUCUAAUGCUAGUCGCACUCAAACAAAUACAAAAGUUAAUGUUCCAAAAAGAAAGUGGAUUAGAGAGGACGCUAUACGAGCACUUGAUAUUGAAGAGGAACUAUGUAAACGAAAUACAUCUGCUCCAUAUUUAGUAAUUCGCUUUCCGGACAUACCACUGGAUUCUGAACUAGUUAAAGGUUUUUCAAGUCAAAUUGAUGCAGUUCAUUUUCAAAAAAAUUCGGCACCACGGUUUUGUUUCGUUCGAUUGAAAGAAAAUGCCGACGCAGCAAAAGUGAUUGAAGAUAUAUCAAAAAUCCCAUUUGGACAGGGUCAUUUAUCUGCAGAGUUACGUUUUGAUCCAACCAAACCUCAAACGGCUUCUAAACCAGAGCAAGUUGAUCCUUAUACAUUAUAUGUUGGGAAUUUACCUUUAUCGAUAACGGUGGAAACAAUAAAACGACAAUUUCCAGGUGCGCUAAGAUAUGAUCUUGCCUUUAAAUCAAAAACUAAACCUAUUAGGUAUGCUUUUAUUCGUUUUGAAAGUGUAAAAAAAUCAAUUGAAGCUUUUAAGCAUGGUAUGAAUUUGCAAAUCGAAGGCCGCUCUCUUGUUUUACGUUUCCGUAGAGCAAAGUUUAAUUAUUCUACUGAAAACAUGUGCUUAGAAAAAGAUCAAACAAGUAAUAAAAGUACCCCAUUGGAGGCCGAUUUAACAGAUAAAAAUGAUUGCAUAAUAACAAAUAAUCUAAAACCGGUACAAUCCAAUUUGGCAAGAGAUGGUAAAGUUUUAGUGAAAGCUGAAUAUCUGGAAGAAUGUAUAAAGGAAGAACAAUAUGAUUCUGAGUACAGUUAUGAAGACGAAUGUUCAAGUACGUUUUGUGGUAAUGGCGAUGAUUUAGAGUUUCCCGCCAUUAAAAUAGAAGUGGAUGAUUUUGAUAAAACACACAAUUUAAAUUGUACGUCAUCACUCCCAUGCGUUUCAGAUGAUGGGGUAGAGCUUGGACAAAGAAUCUCUCGUGGUCACCUAUGCGAUUCUGUUCAUCGAACAAGUGAGGUGUCUAGCACUAUGACUAUACAGAACCUUGAUGAAAACGUAGACCAUGUGAAAAUGCAGAUUAUUAAUACGAAAAUGAAUGCCGUUGAACCUGAAAGGUCUAUGCCGUCAAUUGUAUCGAUUUCAGAAAAAAAAUAUAUUGAAAAUUUGUAUGAACAAUUAAACACUUCUAAAGUAUUUAAAAAAGAAGUACGAAGUGAUUUUGAUGACCUGGAUGCAAUGCUUAAAGAAAUCGAUUAAUCGUACAAAUGAAAAUUACAUCCUUUACUAUUAUUUGUAAAAAGGGGUGUAAAUAAUUUUUUAAGGUUUAUAAAUAACAUAUUCAUAAGUAUUUCACAGUGUUCACAUGAUUUUGUCAUUGUUUGUAUUUAAGGUGUACAGACAAUAAAUCCGAACAAAGAAAUUGAAUUCGUUCUGGAGAAUUUUCUAAAACGUCGUUAUAAUAACAAUAAACGAAUAAAAAUCAUCGAUUUUUCCUGCUA